CACGCCACGAUGCAGCACUACGGAGUGAAUGGCUACUCACUGCACGCCAUGAACUCGCUCAGUGCCAUGUACAACCUGCACCAGCAGGCAGCCCAGCAGGCCCAGCACGCCCCAGACUACCGGCCGUCAGUGCACGCACUUACCCUGGCUGAGCGCCUGGCUGACAUCAUCUUGGAGGCCCGCUAUGGCUCCCAGCAUCGUAAACAGCGUCGCAGCCGCACAGCAUUCACUGCUCAGCAGCUCGAGGCCUUGGAAAAGACCUUCCAGAAGACUCACUACCCAGAUGUGGUGAUGCGUGAGAGGCUGGCCAUGUGCACCAACCUGCCAGAGGCCCGGGUGCAGGUGUGGUUCAAGAACCGCAGGGCUAAGUUCCGGAAGAAGCAGCGCAGCCUGCAGAAGGAGCAGCUCCAGAAGCAGAAGGAGGCUGAGGGCUCCCAUGGGGAGGGCAAGACUGAGGCCCCAACCCCAGACACCCAGCUGGAGACUGCCCAGCCCCCCCCUGCCCAGCGCCUGCCCAGCAGGGACCCCCCUGCUGAGCUUCACCUGAGUCUGUCUGAGCAGUCAGCCAGUGAGUCAGCUCCCGAGGACCAGCCAGACCGGGAGGAAGACCCCCGGGCAGGCUCCGAGGAUCCUCAAACCGCGAAAAGCCCUGGCGCCGAGAGCAAGGGGCUGGGCUGCAAGAGGAGCAGCCCCAAGGCAGACUCCCCAGGCAGCUUGGCUCUAGCUCCUGCAGCCCCCACUGCUGGCCUCCUGGGCCCCUCCCACUCCUACUCCUCAUCCCCGCUGAGCCUCUUCCGUCUGCAGGAGCAAUUCCGACAGCACAUGGCUGCCAGCAACAACCUGGUGCACUAUUCGUCCUUCGAGGUUGGGGGCCCGGCCCCUGCUGCAGCCGCUGCAGCCGCUGCCGCUGUCCCCUACCUGGGUGUCAACAUGGCCCCGCUGGGCUCCCUGCACUGCCAAUCCUACUACCAGUCCCUGUCAGCAGCCGCUGCUGCCCACCAGGGCAUGUGGGGGUCCCCACUGCUGCCUGCACCCCCAGCUGGCCUGGCACCUGCCUCAGCUGCCCUGAACAGUAAAACCACAAGCAUUGAGAACCUGCGGCUCCGGGCCAAACAGCACGCAGCCUCCCUGGGACUGGAUACGCUGCCCAACUGACUGCUGGCCUCCAACCCAGCUGGGGGGUCUUGGAUACUCCCUCCCAGCCCCAUGGUUAUCCCCAGAUGGCUCUCCAGGAGUUAAGUCUAUGAGUCCAGGGACCCUGGGGUCUUGGAGUCCUGCUCCUGUUCCCCACCCCAAAAUCCCAGCCCUAGGUGAAGCCACACCCUCACUCCCUCUGCAUGGCCCUGCUUGGAUCCCACAGAGGUGGAAUGGGAGGGGGUGGGAGGCUGGAGUGCCCCCCGCUUUCUGUGGGGGAGUGAGGGACUCUCACUGGCUAGAUCUCCCCCUCAGUGUUGCCUCCUCCCUUCCCUCCCCACCUCUGUCCCCUAGUAAGUUGAUGCGUGGAAUGUGAGACAUAAGUAUAAAUAUAUAACACUAUAUUUUCAGGCCCUUGCCUGUCCCGGGCCCCCUGCCCUCUGGCUCUCCACUGGCGCCCUGGCCUCUGCCUAGGACUUGUGUUUCUCCCUCCCAGGCUUUCCCUUCUCUCCCUCCCCUUCCUUCUUCCCAGACCUCCUUCUCCCUGCCUUAGUCCUGCUCCCUGCCCCCUCGGCCCAGCGCCUGUCCUCCCCUCUCUGGACCUUCCCCAUGUCUCUUCUCCCUGGCCCUGCUUGCUUUCUUCCAUGCUGGCUUUAUUGGUGUGGUCAAUUCCCAAACAUGUUUUGUUUGGGGUUGUGGCUUUUAGCUGUAGUAAUUCUGCUUCUUCCUGUUCCUCCCCUUCUUCCCUGCCUGCCCGUCUGCUCCCCACACUGGCACCCUCUUGGCAGCUGUCCCUUUCCAUCCCUAGCAGAGGUAGAAAGGCCCUGGCUAGGGACCCUGUAGCCAGGAGCUGCAGGCAGAAGGUGGCACUGGCCCCACACCCACCCUCCCCCAGGCCUGGGGUCUAGAAGGAGCCUGAGUCACGUUUGCUUCUCUCUCUUUCCUCAGCUUUGAGGCCCCAUGCCCAGGAUUGAGGAGGAGGGAAGCAGAGGCAGGAGUCAGGCUGAGGCAGGCUGUAGAAUGGCAGCCUCCGUCUUUGUAAGCCCACCAGGACAGAGGCCUGCUGCCAGCACUCAUCCAGGACUGACUGCAGGGCUCUAGGCCUCUCUUUGGUGAGACUUCCCUGGCUGGAGGGAGGCAUGAAGGGAAAGGGUGCGCCCCAAGUCAGGUCUCUUCAGAGGAAUGGGGCAGGACCCCCUACCCGGCAGUGUGUCCACUGCAGGGGUGCAUCCAAGCCCGGAAGGAAGGUUGAACUCUAGCUCCUGAUCACAGUAAGUGCAAACCACACAGUGAUGCGUAGUCUCAGGCUUCUGUUGGCAUCUUCUCCUAGAGCCAAUUGUUGAGGCAAGGUCUUCUGUCCAGCUAGUCACUGGCACAGAAAGGCAUGUUCCUGUUUAUGGCUAGGAACCCAGCUCAGUAAACUCCCCUUCAAAGCAGUGUGACCGUGAGUCAGCCUAUAGCGUCUCUGGGCCUGUUUCCCCAUCUGGAGCAGCUGGCCUGUGACAUCCUGUCCAGCUCUAACAUUCUGCAUGUCUGUACUUACAAAACUUCUUGCAAGGCAGAAGUUUUUAGUCAAACAACAACAAUAACAGCAAAAGGGCUCUCAAAUGCACAAUGUAUAAAUUAGAAAAUUACUGUUGCUUUGCUGUGAAGCAAUGGGUAUUGUGUGUGCAAGCCUCUUUGUACACAGCCACAGUCUCUGGGCCUUAGUUUCCCAAUAGGUAUAAUAGGUCUCUUCUAGUUGAGAUGACCUGGAUUUGAUCCUGCUUUUUUUGAGUUUCAGUGCCAGCCUCUGUGGUCACCAUCUCCAUGCCUUCAUGUGGUCUCAGGGCAAGGGGAGGGGAGUAGCUUGCACAGAUUCAGGGUUGUGAUCCCCAACUCUUUGUGGCUCAACAUGGAACCCUUUACUUCCUGCUUAGAGAAGCUGCAUCUGAACACAACGGUUGUGAUUGUCCAGGCUUGUCUCACUGUCCUAGUGGAGUAUAUUGGUACCUUGGUAGGACUGGUUUGUGGAACAAUGGAUUCUCAUUAUCUUUGGGGGUGUCUAUCUGGGCUGGCACAGAUGGAGAAGGCUUUGGAUGGGAAAAAAGUGAGAAGGAUGAUAGCCUCAGCAAGGAGAGCUGUCUGAACAAAGCAAUGGAAUGAGACCAAGUGGAUGAUGGGGAAGCGGUGGGUGGCUUCCUGAGAGGUGGGGCUGAGGGCCUUGAAUCCAGGCUAAAGACCUAGCCUCACUGUGACAAGCACCAAGGCAGGCAGGUGAGGGUUUUGGAAUGGGGGGAUCAGCUGACUUAGGAUCUGGGAUUUGGAAAAUGAAUCCCAUAGCCUCAGGAAGAAAGAAGAGGAAAGUCAUGGGGAAGGGGAGGAGAGGGUGGUGGGAACUCUAGGAGCAGAAGGGAUUUUGGGUUUGUCCUCUGGGCUCUGGUCCAGGAAGGUCCGUUUCUGAAAUGAAAAGAAUCUCAUGCAGACCAAGCAUUGCGGAUUGAAGCCUUUUGCCUUUCACUGGAUGCAAAUGACUGUCACUGGGCCUUGGAACCUAAUAGCUCUAGAGAUAACCAGCUCUACAGGAAGCCUUCUCCAGUGCCCUAAGGGGCAAGCCCACUCUAGAGUCAUGUUCUCUCAUGGCUGGAGCCAGACCCACUCAGGCUUAGCCCAACUUCCCACUGAUCUUUGUCAGUAAUUCCUCACUCAACUGGCCCAAUUCCACCAACCCAGGAAAAGCAGUCGUCAGAUCUCAGAUCAGCCUAGCUGACGGGACCAUCCUGCUACUGAAAGCAGCUAGAGAUCAAGAGGAGAGUAUCCCACGCAUGUCCUACUGGAGGCAGAGGGUAUGGGCUUGGGCUGUGCCCACUGAACUUGAGACUGAAGUUGAAAGCCUUCUCCAGGCUGCUGGGACACCCCGAAGCUUGAGCUCUGAUGUUCCUUCCAGGAGAGCCUCAUUCCUCACCUCUCCCUCCUAUUUGAGGUCUCCAUUUCCCUGCUUCCUCACUUCCCCCGACUGGGUCCAGGGGCCCAGGCCCCCAUCUGGACUCUGCAGCCAGUGGCCUGUGUAGACUGCUUUCCAAACCAGCUGUUUUGUGACCAUUUGUGCUUAGAGGUCAUGCCGGGCCGUGGCAAAAACACUGUGUACCAUAUUUAUUUAUUCUGUUGGCUGAAAAAACAAGACUCAAAUCUCCCUUCCCUUGCCCCGCCCUCUGCGUAGUGCAGCAUGACACUGUCCCGUGUAUCCGUCUGUCUGUCUGAUUUCCUGUGAUGUUGUGGCCUGUUCUUUGUCCUA